AAAGAACACAAUAUUCACAAAAUAAAUCAAUUGAGUCAACUUUAGAUAUUUGUUAGAGUUGACAUAUUAGUACUUUUUCCGUCAAGAAAUUAUUUUCUAGUUUGAAUCUUCAUUUUUUAUUUAAAUAGUAUUAAAAGUAAAAUAUCAACUGGAUAGUUUUGAGACAGAGGGAGUAAAAGUAAUCUAACAUGAUUAUGAAGAGACUUUUGUUCCUAUCAAUCGAAUUACAUCCAAAUGGGCUCAUUGUUAAGACUCAUCAAUAGUAUUAACUCAUUGUUAAGACUUUCGUUCCAUGAGAAAAUGUAUUGACAACUUCCCGACGUCUCAAAUAAAUUUUCGUACCCAAUGCUAGAUGCUUGCUUAGCAGCUUAAAUCCAAUCAUCCAAAUAAGUUGAUCUAGUCUUCUUUUGCUACAAGCCUAGAAAGGCAUGCCCCACCUUCCUGAAUAUUAUUAUUCUCAUUUAUCUAAAUGGCAAUCCAAGAAAAAUCUAUGGAAACUUUAAUUUAUCUUGUUGAAUUAAGGACUAAAUUGCACCCAAGAUAUAAAUUCAAGGGCAAGAAACGUAAUUUACCUUAAAUUUUCAUUCAAAAACGAAAAACCUUAUCCUAGCAGAUAACAUGUACACAAAACUUAUCCUUCAACUUGCUAGCUAUUAACCUUCUUCUUCUUGCAUUGUAAACUAAUCAUCUGAGCUGUUUUCAGUCAUCAAUGGCAGCUUUGAGCUGCCGAGUUCAUCCCAUUGGCUACACUAAAAGCCCUCCAAAUGUCGAAAGAAGUGCGCUGAGGUCUCGCAUUUCUUGCACGAUGCAGCCAGGACAAAGCAAUAUUAAGAGGUAAUCAUUAAUGGGGCAGCAAAAGAAAUAGGAAGGGCAGCUGUAGUUGCUGUUACAAGAGCUAGAGGGAUGGAAGUGGCUGGUGCUGUGGAUUCCUAUCUUGUUGGUGAAGACAUUGGAAAGGUAAGCGAUAUGGAAGAGGCUCUGGAAAUACCCAUAAUGAAUGAUCUCAUCAUGGUCUUGGGAUCCAUAUCUCAGUCGAAGGAAACAAAAGUUGUUGUUGAUUUCUCAGACCCUGAAGCAGUAUAUGAGAACGUUAAACAGGCAACAGCCUUUGGGAUGAAUAGUGUGGUGUACGUACCUCGGAUCAGACAGGAAACUGUCCUGGCAUUAUCAAAAUUUUGCGAGAAAGCCAGCAUGGGUUGUUUGGUGGCUCCUACUUUAUCCAUAGGAUCAAUACUCUUACAACAAGCAGCAAUUUCAGCUUCUUUCCAUUACAAAAAUGUUGAGAUUGUCGAAUCCAGGCCAAAUGUUACUGAUUUUCCAACACCAGAUGCAAAACAAAUUGCAAACAACAUUUCCAAUCUAGGUCAGUUGUACAAUAGAGAAGAUUUAUCAACCGAUGUCAAGGCCAGAGGUGAGGUUCUUGGAGAAGAUGGAGUACGAGUGCACAGCAUGAUAAUGCCAGGACUACCAUCUAGUACAGCAGUGUAUUUUUCCAGGCCUGGAGAGGUUUUUACCGUGAAACAUGAUAUCACCGAUGUGCAGUCUCUAAUGCCUGGCCUGAUUCUUGCAAUCAGGAAAGUUGUGCGCUUAAAGAAUCUAGUUUAUGGGUUGGAAAAGCUUUUAUGAAAGCCUACUAUAUGAUGGAUGCUGCUCAAGUUCAUGUCCAGAACCAUAUGAUGAACGUGCAUGGGACAAACGAGUAGAAAUUCAUAAAGCUCAACAAGGCAAUGCUCUCCUUUUAGGUCUUUCUUUUUUAACCUUUAACUUUUUUUAAUAAUAUUUUUUUUUUCAAAUAGAGCCCUACCACUACUCAUGUAAUAAUGGAUAUGUUUACUUUUAAGCAAGCAUAACAUGAAUUUAAGCUAUUAUAAUUGACACGAUGAAAGCUUGAUUUUAGAAUAGUUAAAAAUGUUUCACCAUUCAGUUAGUUUAUCUAAUUGUCGCCAUACAGAUAGCCGACUUAGAUGCUUUUCCUUGAUUUACACUCUGCUUCAUCUUAACAAUCGAUUUUGUUGUAGUUUUAGUUUAAAUACAAUCAAUUAUUAAAAACUAAC